UCUUCAUCGCUAUCACAGCACACUUUUCCAAAAAAGAAUUAAAAGGAGACGCAGAAGAAGCAGAGUAAGAAAAGAGCAGGCGAGGGAGAAAGAUGGCAGACAGGACUUCGAGGGCUGCACCACCGCCGCCCGGCGCCCCGCGACGAGCGGUCCGGCGCAAUCUGUUCCAGGGACUUACGAGGCGAGCGACGGGAACUACGACAACGGGAACUACGGGGCAGCCCAUGGCCUCUACUGCCGGCGCGGGAUCAGUAUCUACCACUGCUGCUGCUGCUGCUGCUGCUGCUGCUGCGACGAUGGGAGGAGUGGGGCCAGGUGGAAGUUCUUCGACUGGUGCUGCUGGUCACGGUAACGGUAAUGGUCAUGUCGGCGGUGGCGAGACGCUCCGCCUCGAAGUCGACGUCCUCUCUGACGGCGGGCCGCCGUCCGCCAUGGGACCCGCGGAGAUUGUGGUGCGCGACGAGCACGGCGAGAUUGAGAUCGGGGACCUGCCGACGUUGGUGUUUGAUGAGGCCGAUGAGGCUGCUGCCAUGGAUGAUCGGGAGGAGAGCAAGAAAGAGCGACAGCGGCUCGCAGAGGCGGUGAAGCAGCAUCAAGUCAACCAUACCGCCGUCCGUGAACAGCCUGAAGAGCUCCUCGAAGCUGUCAAAGCCAGUUUAAGAGCCAAAGUCUCGGCUCUUGCCGACGAUAAUUGGAUGUUCGAGGCUGAGCCGGAGCUGCCCCGUGGCUUCUGAACACGAUGCCUAGCGUUUCCCAUCCGGAUAUCCUGGUUGUUACCUCGACGACAUAUGUUUUCAACGUC